UACCAACUCGUAAAUAUGGAUCUGGAGCUCAAAAAGGCAUUUACUGAAAUGCAGGUGAACAAGAUCGAGUCAACAAAGAAGAUCCGGCUGCUUGAUAUGAAAAUGGACAGUCUGAAGCUUUCGAAGCAACGCAUUGAAGUAACGAAUCGACACAUCUCCAACCUUGAUCCAGAAACUAGAGUGUACGCGUCGGUGGGGCGUAUGUACGUGCUGAACGAUGUUCCGACACUAACCGAACAGCUGAAAACGACCCAUGCUUCCUACGAAGAAAUAAUUACUCAGUGUGAAAAGAACAAAGACUUCUUGAUAAAAAAUCUCAAGGAGCAGGAAGAGAGCCUUCGUGAGCUGGUGCAGCAGAAAAAGUCAGAGACAACCGAAACGAAUGGAAAACCGGCGGAAUAAACGCAAUGCGUUGUGAUUUACGUUAACAAGAACUACACUGCUUGCAAAAUCACUGUUCUUUAUUCAAGAUGCUGUCCAAAUCGAAAUUAGCGUACGAUCGAAACUCAUUGCCUAAGUUACGUUCAUGCUCUGGCCGAA